AUGGAGAAAAAGACUGACCUCGAGCCCGUUGCUCUGCAUGCGGAGCAAACGCGUGAAAGCACCGUUAUAGAGUCCGAAAAGGCAGGAAUUGUCCGUGACUACUCUGGUGCCAUUGUUGUUCUCAAUCCCAUUGAGCAAGCUCUUGUGCGAAAGCUAGAUUAUCGUAUUAUGCCAACAUUAUGGCUGAUGUAUUGGCUCAACUAUUUGGAUCGCAAUGCCAUUGCUCUUGCUCGAUUGAGCAGUCUUGAAGCAGAUCUCAAUCUCUCAGAAACUCAAUACUCUACCUGCGUUUCCAUCUUGUUCGUUGGAUAUAUCUUGGGAGGUAUCCCGUCGAACAUGUUGAUCACCAGAGUCAGACCGUCUUGGUACAUGGGUGGUUGCAUGACACUCUGGGCCAUUGUAUCAACCCUCACCGGCGUUUCACAAAACUUCAUCGGUCUCCUCCUCACGCGUUUCUUCCUCGGUAUCACAGAAGCCCCAUACUACCCAGGCGCACUCUAUCUCCUCUCCAUCUUCUAUACACGUCGCGAAGUAGCAACCCGCAUCGCAAUUCUCUACACCGGCAACAUCCUCGCGACCGCCUUUGCCGGCCUCAUCGCAAUCGGUAUCUUCAAAAUGGACGGUGUAGCAGGCCUCGCCGGCUGGCGCUGGCUGUUCAUCCUGCAAGGCAUCGCCACCUUCAUCGUCGCGGUCUGCGGCACGCAUUUCCUGCCCGACGACCCAUCCGUCACGAGAUGGCUCAUACCAGACGAGCGUGUGCUUGCAAGUGAGAGAAUUAGAGCCGAUACGGUCGAUGAGAAGGGCAAGGUUUCGACGUGGAAGGGACUUAGGGAGGCGAUGAGUGACUACAGAGUGUGGAUUUUUGUGUUCAUGCAGCAUAUGCAUUUGGCUGCUAAUGGAUUUAAGAAUUUCUUCCCCAGUGUGGUUAAGAGUUUGGGAUUCAGUACUGAGAUUACGCUCGCGUUGACUUGCCCUCCGUAUCUGAUUGCAGGCAUCGUCUCCAUCUACUGGUCCUGGCAAUCCGGAAAGUACAACGAGCGAACAUGGCACAUCACAUCCGCCAAAACCGUCGCAAUCAUCGGUUUCGUCAUCGGCUGCGUCUCCAUGAACACUGUUUCUCGCUACAUCUCCAUGAUCGUCUUCUCUAUCGGCACUUAUGCUGUAAACAGUAUCAUCCUGGGAUGGGUUGGUGCUACUUGUGGUCAAACGAAAGAGAAGAGGGCUGUGGCUAUGUCAAUUAUUGUUUCUACUUCCAAUGCUUCGUUCAUUUGGACUCCGUAUCUCUGGGUAGACUUCACAGGCGACAAAUCCUACGUUGUAGCACUUGCCGCGAGCGCAGGCUUCAGCUUCCUUACUGCGGCCGCAGCGUGGGUGAUGCGGUUUGUUUUGGUGAGGACGAACAAGAAGAUUCGACAAGAGGAGAAUGAAGAGGUGUUGUUUUAUGCUUACUGA